UGUGUGGUGUAGUCGCUGCCAGCAGUCGGUGCGGCUCCCUGUCCGGUGAGAAUGAGCUGUCUGCAGCAGGAGGAUCACAUGUGUUGCUCGAACAAAAGCGGGGAAACUAGAUUUUGGACGGAUAACUUGGUGUCUACAGCUUGAGAUGUUUCCGGACUCAAAAUAUUGUUUAUUUCCGCUACACUGAUUAAAAAGAAUUGAGAAAACAGAAGCGAAGCGAGGAUUAACUCAGCCAUGCAAAAGCCACCUGUGGCCCCAAAACCAAAGCUGACCCAGCUCCAGAGGCCAGGGCAGUCUCCCUCAACCCCCAGAAGAGACAGCCUCUCGCUCCCAUCUCCUGGCAAACCGACGAGGGUUAAGCCAGUACUGGCCCCCAAACCCUGCCUCCCCAAACUCGCCACUACUGUGAAAUCCAAGCCACACACUUCAAAGAGCCAGCUCCAAACAUCUGUAACAGAAACCCCGCAGAUUGAAGGUCCACUUAACUCUCAAAAUGGAAUACAGCAAGAGAACAAAAAGCCAGACUGGGAUUAUAUUAUUCCUAUUUGUCUGUGUAGCCAGGAAAACUGCAUGUGCAUCAGGAACACAUCCGCAAACAGAAAGCUUCUCCCUACAUCUCGAGGUAGUGUGGAUAACAGUGGCGAGAAAACAGACAAUGCUAAGUGCAAAGUGAUGAACACUUCCACUAAUACCAACCUCACAAACCAUAAACCUCUUCAAGAAACAUUCACUUUAGACAGAAUUCUCAACACAGACAUCAAUACCUCCAGUCCUGAGGUGACUGUUAGGCCGUCCCUUCCUCAAAGAACAUGGAGCGAUGAGGCAAACGGUAACGUAAUACCUCAGAGUGCACCUGGGCGAGGACCAGAGGAAGAUGCUCUUGGCUCAAAGCAAAUACGUUGUGUUCCCCAGCCCAAACCAGUCCCAGCAGCCUGGAGGAAGCCUGUCCCUGUACCACGGAAACCCAGGGCGGUGGUGCUGGCCCGUCAGGAAAAGGUGGAGGAGGCGAGUGAAGAGAUUGUAGGCCAGGAUGAGAGGGAAAUGAUAGUCAAAGAGGUGAAGGUGUCAUCAGAGGGGAAAGGAAGCUCAUCACUGUCUGUCAGUGUACCUGUUGGAAACAAGAUGCCAAUAUUUCUGUCCGCGAGAAAAGCCUGCGCUCCGCCCGCCCCUCCGCCCGUGAAAAAGCCUUUCCUGUCUGCACCUGCUCCUCAGACGCUCCCAAAGGAUGUGGAGGAGGAAGACCUGGGUUGGGACAGCAGCAUCCAGGAGAUGGAGGUAUCUGUUGACAAGGAGGAUGAAGAGGUGGAGAAGGAAGGAACUCAUGAUCAGGAGGCAGUCUACAGUGACUUCACACAUAGUCCUCCUCCUAGCAGUUUACUCAAUCAACCGGCGCUACGCGAACCUCCUGCCCCCACUGAGGCAGCAGAGGACAGGGAGGACAGGGUGGUCAAGGUAGUUCCGAAGAAGCCCCAGAGACACAGCAGCCCGAUGGCAUGGGUGCAGAGGAAGGAAUCCUCUGAGGAGAAAGAAGAGUGUAAUUUAGGAGAUGAUGAGAAAAGGCAGGCAGAUUGUGUUUUGAAGGAGAGAGUGAUGAGAAAGCUGUCUUUGCCUCCAAAAGAGAAAACGAGCAAACAACUCUCAACGCCUGGAAUCACCAAGCCUUCUCGGUCCAGCAAACAGAGAGCCAAGUCGUUCUCUGCUGCUGACCUCCAUCGCUCCGAGGGACAGAAGAAGAACUCUUUCCGGAAACUUCUGGACUUGAAGCUCUCUGUGAAGAUGCUUCCCAAGCUGAUGCUAAAAGGAGGCCAGAGUUCGGAGUUCACUGUCAACGAUAAGGAACAAAGUGUGGACAGGGACCAAGAUGGAUGUCAGGGUUUCCACAAGCCUCUUCAGGCUCAACGCAAAUUCUCCUGCCCGCUGAUUGGAGUAGAGCAAAGCGUGGACGGAGACGAGUUUUCUCCGGAAACAGACCAAGGUGUUUACUAUGAGAACAUACCUUACUAUGAAGAGAUACCAGACUACAUGAACGUGCAUGUAGGAAGUGCAGUGACAUCCUGUUGUGCCUCCAUCUCCCAGCCUACAGCCUGGCAGUAUAACGAUGAGGACAUUUAUGAGGAGCAGGAGCCAUAUAUGUCCUUUGAGAAGAACACUGGACAGUGUCAGACACCAACAGAUUGUGAGAGAAGCUCUGUUGAUGAAGAGAUGACGCCCCUGGAUGAUGAAAUCUUUGCCAACACAUCAGAGGACGAGGACGAUAGCAGCUCCAUCUCAAGUAAAGGAGACCCUGAGCAGCCAGAGGAGAGUACGACACAGAGUGGACAGAAGAAGAGCAAGAUUCACCACAUCACCACAGAAAUCAUGAGCUCGGAGAGUGUAUUUGUUGAUGUCCUGAAGCUGCUUCAUGUCGACUUCCGUAAUGCCGUGUCCACAGCAUCUCGUCAGAGUGGGAAGCCUGUGAUUGAGGAGCGUCUUCUCAACCAGAUUCUGUACUACCUCCCACAGCUCUACGAACUCAACCAAGACCUGCUCAGAGAGCUGAAACAGAGAGUGGCCAAUUGGGAUGAGAAUUCCCAGCUGGCAGACAUUUUCGUGAAGAAAGGGCCCUAUCUAAAGAUGUACUCCACAUACAUCCGCGAGUUUGACAAGAAUGUGGCUCUACUGGAAGAGCAGAGUAAGAAGAACCCAGCAUUCUGCGCAGUGGUACGGGAAUUUGAGGCCAGUCCAUGUUGUGCCAACUUGGCUCUGAAGCAUUACCUACUGAAGCCUGUUCAGAGGAUUCCUCAGUAUCGGAUGUUGCUCACAGACUAUCUUAAAAACCUGUCUGAAGACUCAGAUGAUUACAAAGACACACAAGCUGCCCUUGCAAUAGUGAAAGAGGUGGCCAACCAUGCCAACGACAUCAUGAAACAAGGGGAUAUCUUUCAGAAGCUGAUCCAGGUGCAGUGCAGUCUGAAUGGCCACCACGAAAUAGUUCAGCCUGGGCGGAUCUUCCUGAAAGAGGGAACCCUGAAGAAGCUGUCCAGGAAGGUCAUGCAGCCCAGAAUGUUCUUCCUGUUUAACGACACAUUGCUGUACACCACUCCUGUCCAGUCAGGCCAGUACAAGUUCAACAACAUGUUGUCUCUUGCUGGGAUGAAGGUUAGCAAACCAAGCCAAGAGGCCUAUCAGAAUGAGCUGAACAUUGAGAGCGUAGAGCGUUCCUUCAUUCUCUCCGCGAGUUCAGCCACAGAGCGAGAUGAAUGGCUUGAGGCCAUUUCGACAGCGAUCAGUGACUACACCAGGAAGAAGAUCAGUUUUAUGUCUGGCAAGCCUCCAGAAGAGGUAGAGCUGAAAGAUUGUAGUGAUGGUGCUCCUUUGGGAUCCAAAGCCCCUAUAUGGAUCCCUGACCCACGGACCACCAUGUGUAUGAUCUGUACCUGUGAGUUCACCCUUACAUGGAGGAGACAUCACUGCCGUGCAUGUGGGAAGGUGGUGUGUCAGUCUUGUUCCUCCAAUAAAUACUGUCUUGAAUACCUAAAGAACCAGUUAGCACGAGUGUGUGACCAGUGUUUCCCUGUUCUUCAGCAGCAGAAAAGUGAACGAGCCCUAUCAGCAGCUGUAUCCCCUGGAACCAGAGCUACCUUUGCUUUCCCCAGGAAGCAUAAGAAGAUACCUGCGGCCCUCAAAGAGGUGACAGCAAGCACAGACAACUCAUCCAUGAGUGGGUAUCUGCAGAGGUCAAAGGGCAACAAGAAGCAGGGGAAGAGGCUGUGGUUUGUCAUCAAAGACAAGGUCCUGUACACGUAUGCUGCAAGUGAGGAUGUUGCAGCCUUAGAGAGUCAGCCCCUGUUAGGGUUCAUGUUAAAAGUUGAUUCAUCACUGAAGUUACAGUUUAAGCUUUACCACAAAAACACACUUUACUACAUUUUUAAAGCUGACGACCUCCAAACAGCACAGAGAUGGAUCAACUCAUUCAAAGAAGCCACAGUACUUUAAUAUCGGCUGACAGUGUGUGUAGCUGUUCAACAUAUUGUUUUACCUCAGUGCUCUCUGAAUUCUGCUGAAAGCAUCUGGAGACACCAUAAUAGUUGCACUGAAAUAAAAUCCAAAUGCAUUAUUUUAUCAAACCUACUGUAGUUAGCGUUUACAUUGUUUUAAGAGUAGAAAUUAGCCAUGUUAGUUUUGUAUGUUAACAUGAAUCUUUUCCACCAGGAUUUAUGCAGUUUGGCGGCAAUUUUCUUUUUUUUAACACUUUGAUUUUGUUACAUUUGAAAUGCAUUUUUUAGUAACCUGCUUGGAUCUCCAUAACAGAUUUGUAAUGCAUACUGUCAUAACAUUUUCAUCCACAUUUACAAAGUAUUUUUAGAGGUCAAAAUAAAUCAUAUAGAUGUUUCUUGUUGUCAGGGAAUAACUACUUUAUUUAACAUCCAUACAGCUGGCUGUAUACAACACAAUGUGCACUUUUCACACUUGUAUAAGAAACUUUCACUUUAAAUUAAAAAGCCUUUCUGUAACUCUGAAUCUAACCUAGACUCACUAAUGGUGUAUCAGGGGAAUCUUCACUGUUUGGACAAAACUGUACCAUAAUGUACAUUGCACUUAAGUAACUCAAAUGGCUGUACAUAGAUCAUAUCCCUACACAAAUAUUCUGUAUAUAUAGAGGAUUGUAAAUUAAAUGCAAUCAAAUGUACAUAAAUCUCACUUUUACUGUUUAAAUUCUGUCACUGUAAUACAUUGUUUUACUUUCAACUGUAGAGGGAACUGUUGGGGUGCACAUUAAAAUUGUGGAAAAGCAAUACUUAUUGUACUGUAACUGAAUAGCUUUUGAUUAAAUCAUAUUUUCAUUGGA